AUUCGCAUUCGCUGCAGUAGUAUUAUGAUCCUCACAGACCGCCGUAGUUCCUGACCGAGGGGAGAAUGGACGGAAGGAUGUGGCUCCGGUGCCUAUUCGGGCCCAAUCUACAGCGGAUCCACCGCUCACCGGACCAGACACGUACUGACGGCAGACCGCCCCGCAGGGGCUGGAAUUAUCAGCCCAGGGGUUUGGAGAGACACACAGGCAGCAUCCUCGGUUGGGCCUCAGUGCUGUGGUCUCUGUCCUACUACAGUUCUCCACUGCUCCUCUGUUAUCUCUAUAGGAAAGGGUACAUCUGCAGCAGUAAGCUGGCUCCUCUCAGUCAGUAUGUUGGCACAGCACUGGUCUGUCUGAUAGGAGUGGCCUGUCUGAGAGGUUGGGGACGCUGGAGAAACCCAGAGUACCUUCAGUUCAUCUCCAUACUGGAGGAAACCAGGAAGAACCACACUCCUAACAACAAGAAAAAACUUGCAUGUUUUGACUUCGACUUCAAACACUGGCCUGUAGAUUUCAGCUGGAAAGAAGUCAGUAGUCCGAAGCUGUCUAAAGGUGGCGUGUCCCUGCUGAAGCCGGAGCCGAAACACCGAGGAGCAGCAGACAGUGUGCUAAAUUCAGUUCGCACACUACCAUGCCACAUCUUAAGUUAUCUGAUAGUGCACUCGUUCGGCCGGAGGAUGCUGUACCCGGGCUCAGUGGGUCUGCUGCAGAAGGCCAUGAGACCCAUGUUACAGCAGGGCCAGGCCAGACUCGUAGAAGAGUAUGACGGUCAGCGGAACAAACUGGUGGCUUGUGAUGGGAAUGAGAUUGACACCAUGUUUGUCGACCGGAGGAAAGAUGGAAGACAAGCCGGAAAAACUCUGGUGAUCUGCUGUGAAGGAAACGCAGGGUUCUAUGAGGUCGGCUGCAUGAACACACCACUGGACGGGGGAUAUUCAGUGUUGGGCUGGAAUCACCCAGGGUUUGGCGGCAGUACAGGAGUCCCAUUUCCUCAAAAUGAGGCCAAUGCGAUGGAUGUCGUCAUUCAGUUUGCCGUGCACAAACUGGGCUUCCAGCUGAGUGACAUCAUUGUGUACGCCUGGUCAAUAGGGGGCUUCACAGCCAGUUGGGCUGUGAUGUCUUACACAGAGAUCCGAGCUCUGGUUCUAGAUGCCUCAUUUGAUGACCUUUUACCGCUUGCGCUAAAGGUCAUGCCUGACAGCUGGAGGCCCUUGGUCACCCGUACAGUGAGGCAGUACAUGAACCUGAACAACGCUGAACAGCUCUGCAAGUACCAGGGACCAGUGUUAUUGAUCAGAAGAACCAAAGAUGAAAUCAUCACCACCACGGGUCCAGAAGACAUCAUGUCUAACAGAGGGAACGACCUGUUGCUCAAACUACUCCAGUACAGGUAUCCUAAAGUCAUGACAGAGGACACUCUCAGGGCAGUCAGACAGUGGCUCGCAGCAGGCACACAGAUUGAAGAAGAAUCUGUGUACACAGGCUACGAGGUGGAUGAUGAUUGGUGCUUGUCUGUGCUGCAGUCCUAUCAGACAGACAGAGAGACCCAGUUCCCCUGGAGCGUUGGUGAAGACAUGACACUCGAGGGCAGAAGGCAGCUUGCUCUAUUCUUGGCACGAAAGUAUAUGCGAAACUUUGAGACGACACACUGCACUCCACUUCCUAUUACUGAGUUCAGGCCUCCCUGGAAACUGUAGAGCACUGAGACUAACAGAAAGAGAACGCUGGAGGUCAGAGGUCAAAGGGAAUCACACACCGGUUCAUUUGAGUCUGUUCUGUGGGGCGGCGUUUAGAAUUGAAAUGUGACAGGGUUACUCGUUUACGUUCGUUCGAAUGGUUUGAUGGAGACAUUUUAAAUGAUUGGUUGUGCUCUGCCUCCAUUGCAGGGGUAUUUAACAUGAAGAUCAGAAAGUGUCGAUGCUCAGGUUUGUCGUCACUGUCAUGGCGUUUGUUUCUUUUGAGAGACUCUCAGUGACGGGACUCAAAGAUCUCUUGUAGGGCUGCACGUUAACUCGCAUGUGAUAUUUAAUGUGCAUCUUGUCAGUAAAGCUGGUUAUACACUGACAAGCUGCGCAAAAAAUGCGCAAAAUAUGCUUGUGGCUUUACGCAGCUUGUCAGUGAACAACGGCUCAGAGUAGUUAAUGCUGCUCCAUGUGAAAGCGUACAGGUUAUAGUGAUUUACAGCUGGAAGAACUGGCUUUACUGACAAGAUGUGCAUUAAAUAUCGCAUGUGAUUUAUCAUGCAGCCCUAAUCUCUUGCCUCUGUCUCAGUGUGUAUUCAUUUUUAUCCUCUGUUAUGUGGAGCACUGUAAUUAUGAACAAAUCGUAUCGUAAAAUUAAGCUCUGAAUGUUAUAUUAAAUAUGAAUAUUAAAUAAAACCAGGUGAUACUU